CGACUAGCCUCCUCCCCUUUCCUCACUCACUUCCGGCUGGCUCAGCGGCGUUAGCGAAGCGUUAUUGGCUCGAAAACAUGGCUACCGCUGGAUCAGCUGGAGAUGAUCUGAAGAAAGAGCUCACCUGCGCCAUUUGUUUGGAGAUUUUCAAAGACCCGGUCAUAUUGAAAUGCGGGCACAAUUUUUGUCGGUUUUGCAUCUGCAUGCACUGGGAUGAAAAUGGCGGAGACUACGGGUACCAGUGUCCUCAGUGCCGAACGGCGUUCAAUAAGAGAACCUUCACUAAAAACUACCUGGUGCAGAACCUGGUGGACAAACUGGACGAUCUGGAGUGUUUAGGGCCAUGCCCUGCACCCCCGAAGCCUGUUAAAGUGGAUGGAAAGUGUCAACAGCAUGGUGAAGAGCUGAAGCUUUACUGCCAAACUGAUAAGAGACCCAUCUGUGUAGUUUGCAGGGAAUCUAGAGCUCACAGACACCAUGAGGUGGCACCGGUGCCAGAAGUCGUGAACGACAUGAAGAUGGAGCUAAAAAUGAGGUUGAUGGAACUCAACUGGGAAAAGUCUCAGUGUGUCCAAAUUAGAACCGCUGACGAGCGGAUGAAAAAUGAAGUGCGGCUGAAGAAGCAGAGGCUGAAGGAGAAGAUCGAAGCCGAUGUCGGUGCCUUGGUUCAGUUCUUGCUAGAUGAGAGGGACUCCCUUCUUGAGAGCUUGGAUGCAGAGGAAGUGGACGCUUUGGCUGUCAUAGAAGACAACCUAAAGAUGGUAGAAACAGAAACUGCAGCUGCAGACAAAUCCAUAGCGGAGAUCCACAGCCACAUUAGUGGCAAAACAAGCUUUGAGAGCCUUGCUGCGACAUUCAAUGAAGCGAUCCACUGCAAGCCUUUCUCCACACUAGAGCCAGUUGAUUGUCCGACCGAUUUCACAGACUUCUCAGGACCCUUCCAGCUUAUCAUGUGGAAGAAGAUGAUGCACGUGUUGCAUACUAUGCCUCAGAAUCUGACUCUAGACCCAGAUACCGCUCACCCAAACCUGCUAAUCUCAGACUUUGACACCAAAGUGGAGGAGGGUCGCCUUCGCAGCCAGGAACCGGACCUGCCAGGCCGCUUCACCCGGUUCUGUGGUGUCCUUGCCACAGCUCAGUAUGCAAGCGGGCAGCAUUACUGGGAGGUGGACGUGAGGGACAAAGGUGUGUGGUACCUGGGAGUCACCACUGAAUGCAGCAACAGGAAGGGCUUUGUCAAUCUCACGCCAUCCUCUGGGUAUUGGAGCCUUUGUCUGCAGGACCGUCUGUAUGCCAAUGUGGAGGAUGGUCGUAUUCCUGUUGCCGACUACUGGAAUUCUCCUCGUGUUGGUGUGUACUUGGACUAUGACAAUGGUUUUCUUAGCUUCUACGAUGCUGUGACCAUGAAGAGACUGUUCAUGUUUGAAACCUACUUUGAAGAGCCCGUCUACCCUUUCUUCAGCCCAGGGAAGAACGAUCCCGGGAGCAGGCUGCAGAUAUGCCACUAUUAUUAACACAAGUGGAAUUAAUUGUUCUAUUAGAACUUGAAGCGUUGGCGGAGUGUGUUUUCUGCAUUUGAGGUGUUACUUGUUGGUCUUAAGUCUAAAGACAGAUGCGUUCACAUGAAAUGAGCAUUAAGUGGGUGUCAUCCAAAAGGAUUUUUCUAGUUAUCUUUUAACUCAAGUCACACACUGUAGGCUUAUACUACUUAUUACUGCAGUGUGUGUGUGUGUGUGUGUGUGUGUGGGUGGGGGGUGGGGGGGGGGGCAGUCAUACUUCACUGUGUCUGCGGUGGUGCAGUUGCCUCAGAUGCUCUUGUUGAUUGGAGCAGAGAUACUUUAUUUCCUGUUGACAGCAUAUUUGCCAACCAGCUUUACAGCCAGGCAGAGGGCCGAUCGGUUUAAAGAACCCAUGACAUCACAUUGAUAGUUGGCGGUUAUGUUGGCCUGCUCAUCCAGGGGUUUCAGAAGCUGUAGUGACAUAGUUUAAAAUUUUUGUUUUUUAUUAUCCAUUCACAUAAUGUGAAUAUAGCCAUUCCUGUUAUAUAUAUGUAUAUAUAUAUUUUUUGUUUUCCCACAAUUUCUUUGUGCACAUUUUUGAGAUGCAGCAUGCUUGAAAUUAGAAAACGAUGGAACAUUUAAUCCUCCUCUUAAUGGAAUGAGACAGUAAAACACAAGGGAUGCUUUCACCCAACUUUUAGACAUUCCUUUGACAUUUGUAAUUAUUCAGCCUGGUGGGUUUUCACCAAAAUGACAAUGAGUGCUGAAUGAAAACAUUAGUGUCACCUUACUUGCUUUUUAAGCUAAAUGAAUAGCAGCUUGUCCUGUUGUCUUUUUUAUUCUGCUUUCUAAGUUUAUUUUAUAUUUGAAUCAAUUUAAUAUGAUUUUGUGUGUUACAAACAUGUACUUUUAUGUACAAUCUUACAGUUUCUUUUACCCAUAUAAAUGAUUACUUGCAAGCUUUUAUUUUGCCAUUUAUUGCUUGUGUAUCUAAAAGUGUGUUUACUCGCACACUAGAUUUGUUUUGUUUUUAUUUUUUUGUGUUUAUGGGGGGUCAUCAAAAUAGUUUGUUUUUUAUGCUUUAAGUUGUUUAUAGAAUGGUGUCAUGGGCAACUUUCAAGCUGCUUGUGUGUUAUUUUUCAGACUUUAUUGUCUUAACGUGGCGAAACUGCUUUGUGAGGAUUUUCUCAUUUCCUCUAAGAAUGUGUACAUUUUUGAUCAUAUUAACCCAAUUUGAAUAAAUCUUUCCAUUAAUGUG